CUUUGCAGCUUCAUUCACAAGCUGUUAGGCACCCUUUCCUCAAGCCUCGCACUAUUGUCAGACUCACAACAGGGUAAUGCUUACCGGUGCGACUUCGUAGACGAGACACCUUCCUGGCUCCGGGGGAUGAUUCACGAAUGAUCUUGGCUGCGCGGCUUCCCAUGACACGAUGCUGGCGAGGUCGUUCUCUCCUAACAGGCCCAGCAUGAGAUUCAACGGAUAGGCGUCUUAGGACGAGCAGUAGCGACUUGAGUUUGUUCAUCGCGGGACCGAGUCACUGUCUCCCAUGAACUACGCGGGUGGUAGAUUCCUGACCUCCACCUGUUACGCAUUUUUAGAUGCCCGGUACUUGUUCUUUUACUCAUCAGCAGAGCGUCGUGUCGCGCACAGGACGACACGUUAUACAUCGGAAAGCCUCUGCACCACAAUUUAUUCCACAUCUUCAAUCCCUCUUCUUCACGGCCUGAACCAAACAAUGUGGUGGAUCGCGCGUAAUCCGAGCAAGCUGCCGUCUUGCGAGAUGGCGACCUUGUCAGGUCCACGAGACGAAGCUGCGAAAUCCAGCACCUGGACUGAGCUCUCUCUUGAGUCGCAAGGAGUCGAAAUACCAACUCCGGCCCGGUUAUGUCGGCCCAAAAUCAAUCACAUGUCCAGACACCAGUUGCUGUACCUCUUGCUCCAAGGCGUCAGCGCCAUGCUCAUCGCGGGAGUGAUCAACUUUAUCUUUGGGUACUUGGACUACGUCGAACCCUACACGGGGACCUUCCCGCCCUUCAUCUUCGGCUCCAGCGCGCUCUUCGGCGACCUGGCCAUAACCACGCUGCUCACGGGCAUCGCCACCUGGAUGUGCGCCCUCGUCCUUGUCAACUGGGAUCUGUGCCGGGGCCGCGUGGCGCCGCUGCACUACACUUGCGAGCUGCGCAGCUCUUUCUUGCGCUGGUUCAUGUUCCUCGACCACUACAAUAGCGAGCGCGGCAGCUACUUGUGCGGGUGCUGUGACCGGGGCAUGGCGCGGAAAGUGAUGUUUGUGCUGGCCAACGUGGGAAGGGGGGUCCUUGUGGCCAUGUUCACGAUCCUCCUGACCGUUGGGCCGGCGGUGGGGCUUUUGGUCUUUGCCGGCAAGGAGUAUCAACGGCGCCAGGUGUUCCAAGGGCGGUGGGACGGCCCGGUUUUCAAGAUGGUUUAUGGUGGGCUGUUGGCGGGGCUGACCUCGCCGUUGCUGGCGUAUAUGUGGAUGGUGAGGACCGGAUGGAUCACGGGUGAGUGGGAUUGAGACGUAGGUGGGCGAGUCUGUCCCGGACCUUCUUGGCGGAUGCCGGGCUGGACCUGGGCAAAGCAUAGGAGCAGAGCAUUACAGAGUAUUUCUUUUAUUCAGU